AGAUGGCUACGGAACCAAAUAAGACCGAAAUCUUGACGAUUUUCAAAAGAUUGAGAUCAAUUCCCACAAACAAGACUUGCUUCGACUGCGCUGCCAAAAACCCGAGCUGGGCCAGCAUCUCGUACGGCGUGUUCCUGUGCAUCGACUGCUCCGGCAUCCACCGCUCGCUGGGCGUCCACCUCAGCUUCAUCAGGUCGGCCUCAGACCAUCCAGAGUUAGACUCCAACUGGAACUGGUUCCAGCUGAGAUGCAUGCAGGUCGGAGGGAACGCCAACGCGACGGCCUUCUUCCGUCAGCACGGCUGUUCCACCAACGACACCAACGCCAAGUACAACAGCCGCGCCGCCCAGAUGUACCGAGAGAAGAUCCGGCAGCUGGCCAACGCGGCGCUGUCAAAGUACGGCACCGAGCUGUGGAUCGAUUCGUCUGCAGGAGGAGCGUCUGCCGCCGAGAAGAAGGACGACGAUUUCUUCGCUGAACAUUCACAGUUUUCUGAUGAGUGGAGCAUAGCGCCCCCUGCAGAGCAGAACGGAGCCGCUGUUUGCCCCCAGCUGACCGACCCGGCGCCGAAAGCCCAGGAUGACGGCCAACCAGAGGACGGGCCGAGCAUCGACGGUCUCAGCACGUCGCCCAAAGCCGCCAUUGAGGACUCCAUGCGUUUGUCCCUGCAGAGCGGCCCGCCGGCUGCAGAUGUGAAGCCGUCCAUCAUUGGGAAGAAGAAACCCAUGGCUGCUAAAAAAGGGCUCGGGGCAAAGAAAGGUCUGGGUGCGCAGAAGGUGAGCAGCAAAAGCUUCUCUGAGGUGGAGAAGCAGGCGCAGGUGGCCGAGAAGCUGAGGGAGGAGCAGGUGGCCGAGGCCAAGAAGCAAGCAGAGGAGUCCAUAGUGGCGUCCAUGCGGCUGGCCUACCAGGAGCUGCAGAUCGACAGGAAGAUGGAGGAGAAGAAGCUGCAGAACCUGGAGGGGAAGAAGAGGGAGCAGGCGGAGCGGCUGGGGAUGGGCUUCGGCGGCCGCAGCGUCGUGUCUCACUCCGUGAUGUCAGAGAUGCAGGUGAUCGAGCAGGAGACGCCGGCGGGAGCCAAGACAUCGUCCCGCUCCAAACUGGACCUGUUUGACGAGCCGGGAUUCACCUCCGGACCGCCAAAGUAUAAGGACAACCCGUUCACGGUGGGAGACGGCUUCGGCUCGCGGUGGGACGCCGACGGCGGCUCGUUCACCGCCGCCUGGGCUCUGGAGAAGGACGAACCCAAGGAGGAAGUCACCAUCUCCAGCAUCCAGCCGAUCGGAGAGAGGCUCCCCAGCCGGAGGAAAGCCGAGGCGUCGUCCGCCGGGUCGGAGUCCAGCGAGGCCAGGCAGAAGUUCGCCAACGCCAAGGCCAUCUCCUCCGACAUGUUCUUCGGUCGGGAGAGCAACGCCGAGUACGAGGCAAAGACGAAGCUGGAGAGUCUGUCGGGCAGCAGCUCCAUCAGCUCCGCCGAUCUGUUCGGAGACGGCAGCGACAGCAGAGGCCGGGUUUCGGGUUUAGACAGCGUUCUUCCCUCCGGCCCGGACAUGGCCCAGUUCAAGCAGGGGGUGAAAACGGUGGCGGGGAAGAUGGCCGUCCUCGCCAACGGGGUGAUGAACACCAUCCAGGACCGCUACGGGUCGUACUGAGCGGCGCCGGCAGAACCGAUUGGCAUCGCUCCAAACGGAGCGAGGAGACGGGCGAGACGCGGGAAGGCUUGCAUGGGAAAGACGGCGUCCCCUGUCCUGUCCUCCACUA